AUGAAAGUCGCCUUCGCAUUAUCUGCGCUCUUCACCUCUGUCGCUGCCCAUCUCAGAAUCGUUGGGGGCAAGGAAGCCGCCGUUGGCGAGCACUUGUACGUGACAGGACAUCGCCUCAACGCCUCCGGAAUCACUUUUUGCGCAGGCAGUUUGAUCGCCCCCAAUGUCGUCUUGACCGCCGCCCACUGCAUGGGCGAUGGCCUUGAAUAUGUGGCAAUUGGGUCGCACUACAACAGCGGCACCGAGGAUGGUGAGCAGAUCAAGAUUAAGGAAGAGAUCAAACACCCCAAGAACAACGCCGAGACCAACGAGUAUGACGUUGGCGUGUAUAUUUUGGAACGCGACUCCAAGUUCCCGGCCGUGGAAGUGUCCUUUGACACUGUGGAAGACGAUACCCCCACGGUUGUGCGUGGCUGGGGCACCACGGCUUCGGAGGGGGCUCCAUCCAAGGUCUUGUUGGAAGUCGGCGUGGAUGUGGUCAACCAAGAACAGUGCGCUGAGUGGUUGAAGGAUGGAAGCGACUUCGUCGUCAAAGCUAGCAUGUUGUGCGCCGGCGGCAAAGAGGGCGAAAGUCCGUGCCAAGGUGACUCUGGCGGGCCCAUGACGGUGGAAUCGAAUGGUUCUGCAAAAUUGGUGGGGGUGGUCAGCUGGGGCGUUGAGUGUGCCGUAAAAAACAAGCCAGGCGUGUACAGCCGCAUCUCCACGGCUCGCGACUUCAUUGAGCCGUACCUCAAGAACUCCCACACCUCGCCCCCUGGCCCGACCAAACCUACCACCAUGCCCAACGCGACCACGAAGAGGCCCACGACGGCCUCCCCUGGCCCGGCCAAACCUACUACCAUGCCCAACGCGACCACGAUGAGGCCCACGACUGCCGCCCGCAAGCUUGGUUGUGCCAGGUGUGGCGUUUGCUACUUUCCUGGCGACGACAACUGCUUGAUUGACUUCUCCAAGGAAGACUGCGAAUACUACAGCCCUCAACAUGGAAUGUUGUGGUGUGGCAACUAG